GCUGACAUUGAGUUAAAAAAAAAAAACAUCUUGAAUACUAUAAUUUUUUUUUGCAUUUUCACGUAACAUAUUUCAUUUUACUAAAUUUCAAGGUAAUUCUAUCUAAUAAUAUAUAAGUAAAAUAAUAAUAUGAGAUGAUAUUUUAUCUCAUAACCUUGAUCAGUGGUGUUUGUUGUCCAUAGCAGUGUAAAGUGUCCAAAAAAAAGUGUAAAAAGUAUUAAUUAAAUAAAAUAAUCUGUAGAAAAAAAUAGAAUAAUGUCGGAAAAAGCAUCUGGUCUAAGACAGCCGUCUAAAAUCGGUCGGCCGUGUUGUACAGUACCACCUAAACCAGCAGUACCACCAUCUCCAUCACCAAGAUCAUCAAUGAAUUCAAUGGAGCCGAUCUAUGAAAAUCCAAUCCGUAGAUCUGAUGCACUACGUCGUGGAUCAGAUACCAGUGUCGUGUUGACUGAAGAUACUGACAGUUUUAUUAUUGGAGACCGAGUAUGGGUCGGAGGAUCGAAACCUGGAUCAAUUGCUUACAUUGGCGAGACACAGUUUGCUCCUGGAGAAUGGGCUGGUGUUGUCCUGGAUGAUCCCAUCGGAAAAAAUGAUGGGUCAGUAGCAGGAGCGCGUUAUUUUCAAUGCGCACCUAAGCACGGAAUAUUUUCACGUUUGACUCGUCUUACACGUUUUCCACUUUCUGAUACAUCAUUCUCAUCAUCAAGAAUUAAAAGUCCUGCGAGUCCUGACAGCCGUCUUAAUAAAUCUAUUUCACCGUCACUAAAUGCCUCAAUGACAAGUUUGUCAUCCGUAUCACCACGUGAUUUAAAAAUUGGAGACCGUGUUAUCGUAUCGUCAAGCCAAGGAAGUAAAACAGGAGUACUGAGAUUUAUGGGUGAGACUGAAUUCGCGAAUGGCGAAUGGUGUGGAGUUGAAUUGGAUGAUCCUGUUGGUAAAAAUGAUGGUUCUGUUGCUGAUAAAAGGUACUUUGAAUGUCGUCCAAUGCAUGGACUCUUUGCGCCUGCACACAAAGUAUCAAGAUCACCGUCAAGUAAACGACCAUCUAUUUGCGUGGUCCACAAACCCACUGGAGCUGCACUUAAUUCCUCGUUACGCAAAACAUCUUCCAGAGAAUCAUUGACUUCUUUAUCGAGCUUUGCGAGUACAACAGCAAGUACCGCGACCCGCGGAGCUACGAGGAAAACAGGCUUACGUACUUCAGCACCUGCCCGAAGCUCAUUGCAGGAGAUGUUGAAGGAGAAGCAGCAGGAAAUAGAUAUGUUGAGAAAAGAAAGAGAUCUUGAACGCGAACGUAUUACUAAAGCUGCUACUCAAGCUGAUGAUGCUGAGCAAAAAAUAGUUAAGCUACAAAAAGAAUAUGAUAAGUAUCGGGAAGAUAUGGAGAAGGCGGUUUUGGAGGCGCAGUCGGCGCUAGAAAAAUUAUUGGAAGAAAAAAGUCAACUGUUUGCGCAGCUGGAGGAAGAGAAACAGAAAAGUGAAGAUUUAUUGUUUCGCUUUGAAGAAGAAUCUGUUAAUAAAGAAGAUAUUCAGAAAGAGAGAGCUGAAGAAGGAGUAAUUAACACUUAUAAUGAGAGUAAAAUAAAUGAGUUGGAGAGUCAAUUAACUAAAGAACGAGAACGAGUGAUACAACUUGAGAAAGAACAUGCACGUCUACUUGAAGCUGAACAAGAGUUGGUAAAGUUACGGAAUGAAACGACGGAAUUUAUCGAAUUGCAGAACCGUAAUUGGUGUCUGGAGGAAGCUAAAAUAACUCUAGAGAAACAGAUACUUGAGAGAAACGACUUGAUAAAAGAACAUGAAGAAAAGAUAAAUGACCUGGAAGUUAAAUUGAGUAGGCAAGAGGAAGAAAAUGUUGGCAAGAAAGAUCAAGAAAUUGGUGAUCAGAAAAUUUAUCAAGAAAUUAAGCAGAGUUUGGAGGAGAAGACAAAACUUUUGGAUAAAAUUACCAAGGAAAGGGAACAUGAUAGUGAAGUAAUGAAACAGGAGAUUGAAAAAUUGAAAUGUCAAAUUGAUAAAAUUAUUGAAGAGGACAAGCAGGAACGGGAUUCUAUCAUAGCAAAGUAUGAAAAAGUUAUUGAAGAUAAGGAUAGACUUGUUGAAUUAAAGACUAAAGAGUUGGAGGAUGAAACUGUUCGACAUGCAGAGGAUCAGAAGACUGCGCUGGGUCAGCUUAGGGCGGAAAAUCAAGAGCAGAUAAAUAAAUUAUCUAAAAAUUUGAAUGAACAAUUGGUGACUAAGGAUCAGCAGAUUGAUGAGUUGAAGCUCAAGUACCAAGAAAAUUUAUUGCAGCUCGAAAAACUUGCUCAGGAUCUUAAAGAUCAGGAAUCACUUGCUCAAAACAAGGAUACGGAGUUGAAAAAAGCUCUCGAACAGCUAGAAGAGAUGAGUAAGAAGCUCAAGAUUGCGGAGGAGAUGAAUAAUGAGUUGAAAAUAAAAAUAGAAAAUUUGCAAAUGAAUUCUGGAAAUGAAAAUAAAAUAAUUAUUGAAGAAAAACAUAAACUUGAAGAAUCUCUGGCAAGUCUUCAGAAAACUUCUACUGCCUAUUCAGCUCAAUUGGAAAAGCUCAAUGAAGAUUUGAAAGUAAAGGAGGCUGAGCUAGUGGAGCUCCAGAAAUCAAAGGAUGCGGAAAUAAAACAAUUGGUAGAGAGUUUUGAAAGUAAGCUGGAAGAAAAAACACGAUUUAUCACGGAAAUAAAUGCUGAUAUGUCCCAAAAGUCUACGAGAAUUAGUAACCUGGAGCAUGAAAUCAAGGAAUUGAAAUCUUUGUUGGCUAGCAAGGAUGAAGAGAUCAAUAGUCUGUUGGAAAAAACCUCGGAGUUGAAGGAUGCAAUCACUUUGUCUGAGCAAACUAAAACAAAUUUGGAAAGUGAGCUCAGAAUGUAUGAAGUCAAUAUCGCGGAAUUUAAUCAAAAGCUAUCGCACUCUGAAGAAAAAAUAUCGCAAUUAAUUGAACAGAAGGGCAAACUCGAGGCUGAAAUAUCUAGUGUCAUCAGUACGUCUGCUGAUUCUUCUGAUCAGCUGAUCAAGUACAAUGAAGAUCUGAGACUGAAGGAAAAGGAACUGGACCAACUGCGCGAGCGAGUGUUUGAACUAGAGAACUUGUCAACUUCAUCGGAAGCUAAAUUAAAUCGUGCUGAAGAAGAGCUUAAGGCUGUCAAUCAAGUCGUUGAACAAUUGAGAGCUGAAUCUGGUGAGCUCAAGGAUCAGUUGGAUGCUCAGGUAAAGUCCAAAGAGGAAUUGAAUGCAGAAAUUAGUGCGCUGAAGGUUAAAGAAGUAGAACUGGGUGAAGUUGAAAAGAUUAGAGAAGCUUUGGUGGAAGAAAGUAAAGAAAAGCAGCAGACAAUUGAAGAUUUGAAUAAAAAAUUGAAAAUUACUGAGGAUAAUUUAUCUAGUUUAAGUGACAAGUACUCGUCAUUGUCGUCUUCGAGUGAAGAAAAGCUUCGAGAUUCGCAAAAGCAUGCGGAUGAAUUGGAACUGAAGCUUAAAAGUUUGUUGGAAGAGAGUAAAAAUUUGCAAGAGAGUAAAGAAAAAUUAUUGAGCGAAAAAUCUGCGAGCGAGAGAUCUUUCGAAGAUCUUAAGCAGAAGUUAGAGGCAGAGAAAGAGUCUAAGUCUCGUUUGGAAACUUUGGCUGGAGAAAAAGAGAGUCUGGUCAAGAGUUUGGAGAUCAAGAUCAAUGAUCUGAAGAAGGAGAAAGAGGAAGCUAGUUUGGUAGUCCAGGAUCUUAAUGCCAAGUACAAUGACAGUCUUACUCAAUUGGCUUUAGCUAAUUCGAAUUAUGCUAGUGCUCAAUCUGAAGCCUCGCUGGAGGUUACGACAAUGAAGGAACAGAUCGCGCACUUGGAAUCGAGUAAUAAAGAUCUUAAAAAGUCUAUCGAGGUGAUGAACCAAUCGGCAGGGGAAUGGAAAGAUAAAUUAAGUGAGUCUAAGAGUUAUGCUAAAGAACUUGAAGGUAAGAUAAAAGAACUGGAAUCUUUGACUGCCGAUAAGGGCGCAGAGUAUGAAAAGUUGAAGGUUGAGUUGAUGGGAAUUAAAGACACUGGAGUUGAAUGGCAGGAGGAGAAGAAUCGGUACUUGAAGAGCAUCGAAGAUGCUGCGAAAGACAAGGCGGCGUUGGAGGAAAAAGUUAAAGUGAUCGAGAGUGAGCGCGAAGUUUUUAAAAAAGAGUUGGAAGUUAAAUUGAAAGAUCUUGGAGAGCGUGACAGUUUGGUUGAGAGUUUGAAGAACGAGCAGCUGCAAUCUUUACGAGACUCAAAGGCUUCUUUUGAUCAGAAACUGAAGCAGUUGGAACUGGAGCUCGGAGAAUCGGGUAAAGAAAUAAAUAUGGUGAAAAGUAAGAAUCAAGAGCUGGAAACAGUCGUCGCGAGUGUCAAAGACGAGCUUAAUAAUCGUGAUAAUCUAGUUGCUAGUUUGCAGAAGCAGAUUGAUGGAAUGAAAAAAGACAAAGAUCAAUUAAUUAACGGAGAUAAGACUAAGGAUCAUGAAUUAGAAGUUAAACGAUUGGAAAUUGACGCCGUAAAAGUGGAAAAUAAAAAUCUUCAGACUGCCAAAGUAUCUUUGGAAAAAGAUCUUAAGGAUGCGGGGAUGAAAAUUCAAACGCUUACUGAUCUCGUAGCAAAUAAUGAAAACGAAAUAGUAAAACGUACUCAGAGUCUGUCAGAUGAGUUGAUAAAAGUUAAAAAGGACUCGGAAAUGUUGAGAGAAAAUCACAACGUACUGGACAAAGAAAAUAAACAGCUGUCAGCUAAAUUAAGUCACACAUUAGAAGAGUUGAAGACUAAGAUGGAAAAUAAUAAAAAUUUAACGGAAAUAAAUUCAUCACGUCAAACUAUCGUUACGAAUGACGUUAAGAAAAAUAAUGGGAAUAAUGAUAAUGACGUUAAUUUAACGCAGCUGAUCGAAGACAAUGAAACUUACAAAGGACAGAUCGAUUUUUUGAACUCUGUAAUUGUGGACAUGCAGAAGAAAAAUGAAAAAUUGCUGUGCAAAAUAGAGGUCCUCGAGAUGGGCAUACCGGCAAAUGAAGCCGAUGACUACAGCAAACUUACUAUUGAUAAAAAAACAGCCACACCCAGGAUGUUCUGUGAUAUUUGUGACCAAUUUGAUCUUCAUGAAACUGAAGAUUGUCCUAAACAAUCGCAAGACUUUGAAGUUGAACAAACUGCCAAAAAAUCCUCUAAGAAAGUUUCCGUCGAAAGGCCUUACUGUGAAAAUUGCGAGAUGUUUGGACAUGACACUGCCCAGUGUGAUGAUGCUGAGACAUUUUAGCUAGAGACAAUACUCAAUAAACUAAUAAUAAUUAUAAUUACUUCUGCUUGCCGGUUAUAUGAAAAAAAAUUUGUUGAAUUUUUUAGAGUAUAUUUUUGUACAGGAAUUUUAAACUAUAAAAUAACUUCCUAUACAAGUGUCUUCCUCAGUAGCUUCUAUUGAUUUAGUUUCAAAUAAUUAAUCAUUAUAAUAAUUAAUAUAUUUAUUUAAAUAUUUAAUUAUUAAUUUCAUUUCUCCACUUUGAAGACUGUCCAUUAAAUAAAAUAAUGAAAAUUAUAAGCGUAGAUCGCUUUAAGUGUAGAGUCCAAUGACUAUUUUUACUUACGAUUUAAAAUUUAAAUAAUUGCGAAUUUAAAAACUUUUAAAAAUGAGAGAAAUGUAUUUAUGUAAAUAAUAAUUACUGCUUGCCUAAUUAUAUUUAAUAUUUAUUGCAGUUGUCGUGUAAAUAUUUAAAUUAUAAACCAACUGAAAAAUAAUUUUCUGAUUAAUAUUUAUUAUUUUGUCAAUUAAAUUAAUUUUUAUAAUUUUAUUAAAUUAUUUUCAACUGCAAAUAUUUAUUAUUCAUUCAUAUAUUGUUUAUUGCACAUAUGUAUCGAACUGCUCAAUGUGGCUCAAAAAUAUGCACAAAAUAUUGUUCAUUAUAAAUAUUUUAAAAAUUUAAAUGUCAUUUAAUAAAAAUUAUUUCAUAAAA